GAAGAAGAAGAAGAAGCAGCAGCAGCAGCAGAAUAAGAAGAAGAAGAAGCUAACUUCAAAACAAUACGUUGUGGAGCAGACAGUCAGUAGAAAUGGUUCCAUCAAAUCUUGGGGAAGAAAUGUCUACUGAAGUAGCGUUACCCCCUGAGUGGGAGGACGAUGAACGGAUGAAUUUCCUGUUCUCUGACUUUAAAGAAAGCCGAGAUGUCAGCACAACAGAUUGGGACAGUAAAAUGGAUUUCUGGACAUCACUCAUUCUUAAAAUCUUCAGGAGUCGUGGAACCGUCUGUGUUAAUUUGCAGGAGCUGAACAAGAUUUUUCAGAGGAAAGGAAUUAUGCCUUUGGGUUUGGCUACUGUCAUUCAGUGCAUGGCCAGGUGUGGCAAGAUACAAAGGGAGUCAGAGUUUGCCGCAAAUGUAGACUGUGGGUGGGUGUCUUGGGGUGUUGGCCUGUUGCUGGUGAAGCCUUUAAAAUGGACCUUUUCAACUCUUCUUGGUAGCAGUGGGGUUACUUUGAAGGAGUUGUUUGUUGUCAUUGAACUGGUAAAGGAGAAGGCAGCGGAAUUGCUUGGUGUCUACCGACGCUCCCCAGUGGCCAACCACUCUCUCCUGUCCUUCCAGGAGCUCCGUACACUGUCGUCCCAUGUCUGUGUUGACGAGAGUACCUUGUGUAUGGCUCUGCUACAGCUGCAGAGGGAGAAGCAGGUGACAGUAUCACUGCAUGGAGGCGAGAAGAUUGUGAAGUUUUCUCAGCCAGGACAGAAUCAUGUGUCUCCUGUCAGUGACGUAGACCUAGGCAUCUACCAGCUCCAACGCAGUGAGAGACUGCUUGAAGAGAGGGUGGAGGCAUUGGGACUAGAGGCAGAGAAGUACAAAGAAGAAGCUAGGGUGUUGCUGCGGGAAGGGAAGAAAUCUCAGGCUCUAAGGUGUUUGAGAAGCCGAAAGAGAGUCGAGAAGAAAGCAGACCACUUAUAUGCCCAGCUGGAAAAUGUGAAGGGAAUCUUAGACAAGAUAGCAAACUCACAGACUGACAAACUGGUGAUACAGGCGUAUCAGGCUGGUGUGUCAGCCCUGCGACUCUCUUUGAAGGAUGUGACAGUAGAAGGAGCUGAGAGCCUUGUGGAUCAAAUCCAAGAGUUGUGUGACACUCAGGAUGAAGUGAACCAAAUUCUGUCUGGUGGAGCACUCAACUCAACGGAUGCAGACACAGAUGGGCUGGAGGAUGAGCUAAGAUUUUUAUUGGAGAACUCUAGUCUGGAUGAGCCUUCUACGCUACCUGAAGUACCGUCACACCCUCUUACACCUGUCAGGGAAUCUGGUUCCUUUUGUGAUGAUCUGCUGAGCGCUUUGCCCUCAGUCCCUCAAAGCCACUUCAAUAUCACAGAUGAUGAACUGGACAAAGAGCGUAGUCGCAUAACGCUUGCAGAUACAGGUAUGCCUCUAUCUUGUUCCUUUAUCUUUCAAAUGCUACCACAAAAGAGGCUACUGAAGUAACCUUUGUUUACUCAUCACUCCCUAUAGGUCUUCAACAAAAAUAUAGUACCUCUCCAGUGAAGAGGGCUGAGCCUGCACAGUGACAACAGUAAUAAAAUAAGUAAACUGCACUAACGAUCCCUGACACUCAACGUGUGUCUGGGCAUGGUGAUCAAAAAUAAUUGCAUGAUAUGUCUUCUGUAACAUAGGUCUGUUAUCACUUUUUUUUUUUUUUAAGGGGGUAGAUCAGCUUUAUUGCAGAUUGUAGCUUCCAUUAACAUAAUUAUCAGCAUCACUUCCGAUCCUCCAUAUAUUUUUUCUGUUUUUUUGUUUUUGAAAACAAAAAAAAUGUAAUUGUCCAUUUUUAAAAUAACAUCAAAUUGAUCAGAAAUAUAGUGUAGACAUUGUUAAUGUUCUAAAUGACUAUUGUAGCUGGAAAUGGCUUAUUUUUUUAUGGAUAAUCUAGAGUCCCAUUAUCAGCAACCAUCACUCCUGUGUUCCAAUGGCGUUAGCUAAUCCAAGUUUAUCAUUUUAAAAGGAUAAUUGAUCAUUAGAAAACUCUUUUGCAAUUAUGUUAGCACAGCUGAAAAAUCUGCCGUUUCCAGCUACGAUAGUCAUUUACAACAUUAACAAUGUCUACACUGUAUUUCUGAUCAAUUUAGUUAUUUUAAUGGACAAAAAAAUGUGCUUUUCUUUCACAGACAAGGACAAUUCUAAGUGACCAGUUUGAUUCUAAGUGGACAGUUUGAUUUCACAGAAGUGUGAUUGACUUGGAGUUACAUUGUGUUGUUUAAGUGUUCCCUUUAUUUUUUUGAGCAGUGUAUAUCUAUCUUAUAAAAAAAUAUUUUCCUUUAUUGCUUUCUAACCCUAUCACCCCUCCCCAAAUUGGUGUAAACUAGUGAACAACAACGCUUACUUCCAGCUUAUACAUACAAUAUACAUUUUAUGGACACAGUCUAUUUUACAAUAGUUAUAUACACUGCUCAAAAAAAUAAAGGGAACACUUAAACAACACAAUGUA